CACACACACACACACACACACGCACGCAAACCGGGGCACCACGCGACUCCAGUUCAAACAAACCAGCGCGAGCCUCUGCAAACAGUAGCCGCUGCGUUUUCCCUCUCCUGCCGGUUGUGUAUUAGUCUUUACCUGCACAUCUCCGAAAACACAUUUGGGUUAGACUCUUGAGUUUGAAAAGGUGUAUUGUUAUUGAGGAGAAGCAUGCAGGCUCUCUAUCCCAGCAUACGGUGGGCCAACCACUGAAUACGGUCCUGGACAUCCCAAAGACUUGCACAAGACAAUCUGAUCCUAGCUAAAGUGGAAUCCUAUUAAACACCAAACACCACCGGACAAGCACGUGCCUGUAAGAGGGGAAGAUAUAGUGUGUGUGUGUUGCCAUGGCUUUCACACUUUCGGAAAUCAUGGCAGCCCGACGACAGCAGCAACAGUCUCAGAGAGGAGGAAGAGGAGUGGUAGAGGUGGACGAAUACAGCUCCAACCCAACUCAAGCCUUCACCUUCUACAACAUCAACCAGGGUCGCUUCCAGCCGCCCCACGUCCACAUGGUAGAUCCGUUACCCCAUGACUCCCCCAAGCCCCCGGGCUACACGCGGUUUGUCUGCAUCUCCGACACACACUCGCGCACUGACACUAUUCAGAUGCCGUACGGUGACGUCUUACUGCACACUGGAGACUUCACAGAGCUCGGCCUGCCCAGCGAAGUCAAGAAGUUUAACGACUGGCUCGGCACUCUGCCCUACGAGAUAAAAAUCGUUAUAGCCGGGAACCACGAGCUGACGUUCGAUCAGGAGUUUAUGGCAGACCUGAUAAAGCAGGAUUUCUACUACUUCCCUUCGGCCUCCAAACUCAAGCCGGAGAACUACGAGAACGUGCAGUCCCUGCUCACCAACUGCAUCUACCUGCAGGACUCUGAUGUGACCGUCAGGGGCUUCCGCAUCUACGGCUCACCGUGGCAGCCCUGGUACUACGGCUGGGGUUUUAAUCUACCACGUGGACAAGCUCUGCUGGAGAAGUGGAAUCAGAUCCCAGAUUCCACGGAUAUUCUUCUCACACACUGCCCUCCUCUGGGUUUCUUGGACUGGGUGCCCAGGAAGAUGCAGCGUGUUGGCUGUAUGGAGCUAUUGAACACCGUCCAGAGGAGAGUUCAGCCCAAACUGCAUGUAUUUGGACACAUUCAUGAAGGUUACGGUAUGAUGACAGACGGAACCACCACGUUUGUUAACGCCUCUGCGUGCACGGUGAACUUCCAGCCUAUGAACGCGCCCAUCGUUUUCGACUUGCCCAAUCCCAGGAGCUCAUGAUUGAACCGAGACCGGCCCAUCGCCGCCUCCUUUCAUUCAGGGCCCCUUUCUUGAGCGUAUACAGAUGCUGCGUAGUGUAUAUAGAGCGAGCGAGAGACGCCGAUCUGGAUAUUCUCAAGGAUAUUUCCACCCAUUUUUGUGCCGUGUGCCACCCUCAGACAUAAAAGAGUGGCAUUCUGCCUCACUGACAGACAUUUGAAGUCUUUUUCUGAACUUGACUCUUGUGUUGCACUUGAAUCGGCGUGACAAUCGCAUGUACUUCUGGUCAUGGAAGCCAAGCUUUCUCCUCAUUUGGCUGGCACUUAUUUAAGGAACAUUGUAACCUUGUAGCCUCAAUGGACCUCUGACUCGGGGGAGAGAAUCUUUUUUUCUUUUGCUCUGGAUCCACUCUUGAAAGUUACAGAGGAAACAGUGCUAUGGUGCAAACAAGUUUGUUCAGGGUCUUUACCAUUUCUUUCUCUCUUUAUCCGAGUCUUAGUCUCCUACUAUUUUCCUAACUGCUCUGUUAUUUGUUGCUCUUUUGAACCUGGGGCCAUACACUGGAAGAGAUCAAUUUGCCCUAAACAGGAAUGUGAUGUUUAAAAAUAGUGAUUGGGGAGGGUGGGGUAACAAAAAAAAAUGUGUCCGAAUAUUUUCCUGUGUUCUCCACUUUUUAUACUCCUCCUUUAUUGUUCGAUUUACUGUAAACGUGUAAAACUGUGAGUGUGUUUUCAAGCAAACGGUCCUUUACUAAAGCAGUGUGGACUUUUACAGUAGUUUGAAGUGUUUAAGGUCAAAUAUUUAAAAGUUCUUCUAAAGCGUGCCGUAAAUGUCCCCCCUCUGAAUAUCAAAGACUCGUCAUGCGCGCAAAGUGCGCUUUUGCAUAACAAGAAUACAUUGCACUUUGAUCCACAUGCUCCCCGCUAUAAUUUAUUAACAUUCCUCCUGGCGAUAAUUUAUUCCCAUGUGUUUUUACAGCUCUUCAGUAUUAACUGUGUGUGGCAUUAGGCCUUAUAUGACUCUUCUGUGAGAUGUGCAGAGGGUUUUCAUCUCUUCCAUAUUUGGAUGAAUAAAAAGCUAAUCGAACAAAUUAUCACUCUGCGUGCGUGUGUGUGUGUGUGUGUGCGCGUCUGUGCAUUGAUACGCGAUCAAUUGCUCCUCUUUCAUAGCCCAGGGAAAAAAAGCAUCAGAGGACGAAGAGAUCGAAGGGAUAAAAAGAAAAAUAUUGGACUUGGAAAGGAAGGAUGAGCUGAUGCCUGGGAGAUGGAUUCUCAUCUUUCUUGCUGUUUGUACACUUGUUUGCAUUCGGUCAGAGGUGCUUCACUGUCAUGUGGCUUUCCUCUUGUUUUUUCUCUCCAUUCAUUCGUGCCCGUAUGUGGGCCUUUCUUUUGAAGACGUUGUCAUCGGUUUACUGCUGUGCUCCAGUUAAUUUUUUUCCCAGCAUGCUGAUCUGAAUUUCCAAACAGAUUUUGUGGAUUGUUUGUUAAUUACUUGUGUUGUGCUAAAGAUAACAUUUUUCUUUAUUUGAGAGAUUUUUUUGUUUUGGUUAGUUAAUUUUAUGCCAUCUAAAGAGUUAUGGUGUUGAAUAAAUUCUAGGAGAGAGGAA